AUGGCACCUCAGAUCAAAUUGUACUACUCCCCCAAUGCCUGCUCUAUGGCGCCUCAGCUCCUUCUCGAGGACGCUGGUCUGGCAUACGAAGCCAUCAAGGUCUCCUAUGACCCACAGGAAAGAGCCGAUUUCGUCAAGAACGUCAAUCCCAAAGGCCAGGUGCCAGCCCUGGUCAUCGAUGGUGUAGUCGUCACUGAGGCUCCCGCCAUCAUCACAGCCAUUUCACAUUUGGUACCGGAGAAAAACUACAUUGGCAAGACGCCCAUGGAUAACGUCCGCUUUUACGAGUGGCUGAACUACCUCAGCGGCAACAUCCACGGCAAGGCGUUUGGCGGUCUUUUCGCUCCUUCAAAAUAUUCGACCGACGCAGCGGCUGAAGCAGGCAUCAGAGAGAAGGCCAAGGAGAGUGUUCUCGCGGGCUUCAAGGUGGUUGAAGACAAGCUCGCCGCGCUCGGCGGACCACAGUACGCUCUUGGAGACAGCCUGACCGGAGUCGACGCCUACCUCACCACCUUCAUCAUCUGGGCGCAGAAAUUCCAAUUGGACCUUAGUCCCUUCCCAAACUACACCAAGCUAUAUGAGGGUAUUUCCCAGACGCCGGCAUGGAAGAGUGUGGUUGCCAAGCAAGCUUGA